UUGCAGAUACCGUUCUCUCGAUCGGAAAUACAUUUGACGGAUUCGUUGGAGAACAUUUGUGAAAAAAGCUCCGAAUGGACGGCUGUCGUUCAUGCUACUACCGGGAAAGGUGUCUAUGCUCGUCGAGCUUCGCUGAAUCUUAAGCAAGUACCCGAUCGUCCGACCAUACAUCAACUAGCCGAGGCAUGUAGCGAUUUCCUGGAUACAUAUGAGGACGAACUGGUCAGUUUUGCACGUCACGAACACAAAGAACCGGUGCGCGAGUUCUGCCACGAAAGGAUAAGUUAG